AUGCACACCAGACCAGGAGUCCUCGCUCCUCAGAAUGCUGAGAGUGAGACCUCUAUCGAAGAUGCUUCUGAGCCAAUGACGCAGCUGGCACGAAGAUUCUCUCACACACGCACAUAUUCGACGCUUUCCACCAAUGUCAACCCUUUUCUUGCUCAGGACUCACGAUUGGACCCCAAGUCCCCGGAAUUUGUGCCUGAAUACUGGGUCAAGGCCCUUCUCCACGCCUUUUCCCAAGACCCAAGCAAAUAUCCACGACACACUGCCGGAGUUUCAUGGCGCAGCCUGAGCGUUCAUGGAUUUGGUGAUCCGACAGACUACCAGAAGGAUGUUCUGAAUAGCAUUUGGCGAGCUCCACUCGACGCUUUCAAGUGGUUUGCCAAUCGAAAACAGAAGAUCAAUAUCAUCAAUGACUUUGACGGACUUGUCGAAAGCGGCGAAUUGCUGCUUGUGCUUGGACGUCCAGGAAGUGGUGUUUCGACUCUUCUCAAGACCAUUGCUGGACACACCCAUGGCUUACACCUGGAUAAGUCAUCAGAAUUCAACUAUCAAGGAAUACCCUUUGAUCUGAUGCAUAAGAACUUCCGCGGAGAAGUUAUCUACCAGGCCGAGACAGACAUCCACUUCCCGCACCUGACAGUGGGCGAUACACUCUUGUUUGCCGCCCUGGCGCGUACACCUCAAGAGCGAGUCGCCGAUAUAUCACGCGAAGUCUACGCCAUGCAUCUCAGAGAUGCCGUCAUGGCCAUGUUUGGCAUCACAAACACCAUCGAUACUAAAGUUGGCGAUGACUUUGUGAGAGGUGUUAGUGGUGGUGAGAGAAAACGGGUCAGCAUCGCGGAAGCCACCCUCAACCAGAGCACCACGCAGUGUUGGGACAACAGCACCCGAGGCUUAGACAGCGCAACAGCUCUUGAAUUCGUCAAGAAGCUGCGUCUGGGUACCGAGCUCGGUGGUGCCAGUGCAGUUGUUGCCAUCUACCAAGCAAGUCAAGCAGCCUAUGAUGAAUUUGACAAGGUCCUUUUGCUGUACGAGGGUCGACAGAUCUUCUUUGGCCCAACGCAAAAAGCAGCCCAAUACUUCAUCAACAUGGGAUUUGAAUGUCCCCCGCGCCAAACGACUGCCGACUUCUUGACCUCACUGACAAACCCAGAUGAGCGCAUUGUGCGGCCUGGUUUCGAAAACAAGGUGCCUCGUAGCCCUGAUGAGUUUGCUGAUGAAUGGAGGAUGAGCCAAGAGAGAGCCACUCUCCUUCGUGACAUCGCUGCUUUCCAACUUGAAUACCCUCUCGAUGGGAAGCAAGUUGAGAACUUGACAGGUAUCAGAAGAACUCAGAAAGCCCGUUUCAUGUCCGACAAGAGUCCAUUCACCAUUUCUGUUCCCAUGCAGAUCCAGUUGUGUAUUGGCAGAGGUGUUAAGAGGCUGCUAGGCGACAAGACUUUCUUCUUGGCAACUGUCUUUGGAAACUUUUUCAUGUCGCUAGUACUUGGAAGCGCCUACUAUGACUUGCCCCUCACGGCUGAAAGCCUGAAUAGUCGAUGCUCAGUCCUCUUCUUCGCCAUUCUGUUCAACGGCUUGAGCAGUGCCUUGGAGAUUCUCGCACUCUACAGUCAGCGGCCGAUUGUCGAAAAACACGCAAGAUAUGCUUUGUAUCGGCCUCUCUCCGAAGCAGUGUCUUCCACCAUCUGCGAUCUGCCAUCCAAGAUUAUCUCCACUCUAGUCUUCAACAUUCCGCUGUACUUCAUGGCAAAUCUCCGACAAGAGGCUUCAUGCUUCUUUAUCUUUCUCCUCUUUGGCUUUACUACCACUUUGACCAUGUCAAUGAUUCUGCGGACCAUCGCCCAAACUUCUAAAACCGUCCACCAGGCAUUGGUACCUGCGGCUGUCAUUAUCAUAGGUUUGGUAAUCUACGCUGGAUUCGUCUUGCCAAUUCGAAACAUGAAAGGGUGGCUUAGAUGGUUGAACUACAUCAACCCAAUCGCAUACGGUUACGAGUCUCUGGUCGCCAAUGAAUUCUCGGGACGAACGUUCCCGUGUCAAACAAUGAUACCGUCUGGUCCUGGAUAUGAAGACGUUGAAUCGGUACAACAAGCAUGUUCUGUUGCUGGCGCUGCCCUUGGCAAGAAUUAUAUCGAUGGCGAUUUUUAUAUGGGAACAGUCUACCAGUACUACUAUGCUCACAUGUGGAGGAACUACGGCAUUCUUCUCGGGUUUAUUGUCUUCUUUACCUGCACCUAUCUUGCUGCUGGAGAAUUCUUCUCAUCCGACACCUCCAAAGGAGAGAUCCUCGUCUUUCGCAAAGCCCGCAAAUCCAGUCGCCCAAAGGGAACAGACGAGGAAGCUGCAAAGCCCCAGUUGGAUUCUCAUCGAGAAAUCAGUGAAAGCACUAUCACCACGAAUACCGAGAAGCUUCAAAACACCUCUACCUUUUGCUGGAAAAAUCUUUGCUACGAUAUCAAGGUCAAGGGUCAGACACGCCGCAUCCUCACAGAGGUAAAUGGUUGGGUUCAACCUGGAAAAAUCACCGCAUUAAUGGGUGCUACUGGAGCUGGAAAGACCACCCUCCUUGACGUGCUGGCCGACCGCAUCACAAUGGGUGUCAUCACAGGCGAUGUGCUAGUAAACGGAAUCACUCGCGGCAAGUCUUUCCAGAGAACUACUGGAUACGUGCAGCAGCAAGAUAUCCACCUUGAAACAUCAACUGUACGAGAGGCCCUUCGGUUCAGCGCGUCUCUCAGACAGCCGGCAUCAGUUCCUCGCGAGGAGAAGCACCGCUAUGUGGAGGAAGUGAUCAACUUACUCGAGAUGAGCACAUACGCCAAUGCUGUGAUUGGAGUUCAGGGCAAAGGUCUGAAUGUGGAACAACGCAAGCGUCUGUCGAUUGGCGUAGAACUUGCAGCCAAGCCAGACGUCCUUAUUUUUCUGGAUGAGCCAACCUCUGGGCUUGAUAGUCAGACAGCAUGGGCUAUCGUAUCGCUGAUUAAGAAGCUUGCAAACCAUGGCCAGGCCAUUCUUUGCACCAUCCAUCAGCCAUCAGCUAUUAUCUUUCAGCAGUUUGACCGCCUUCUACUACUUGCCAAGGGUGGUAAAACGGUAUACUUUGGCGAUAUCGGCACCAACGCUGUCACUAUGACUGGGUACUUUGAGAAGUUUGGUGCCAAACCGUGUCAGACAUCCGAGAAUCCAGCUGAGUGGAUGCUUCAUGUCAUUGGCGCUGCGCCUGGCGCUCAUACAGACCGUGACUGGCCUCAAACUUGGCUAGACAGUGCCGAAUUCACCUCUGUCAAGACAGAAUUGGACAGUCUCACCCAGGCGAAGCAUACUACAUCAGAUGAACACUCACAAGAGACGGCCUAUGCUGCACCUUUAUCGAGACAGUUCCUUGACUGCACCAAGCGUGUCGCUGAGCAAUACUGGCGAACACCAACGUACAUCUAUGCCAAGCUGUCGCUUUGCUUCAUAACGAGCCUCUUUAUCGGCCUUUCGUUUCAAAACUCGCCUCUAUCGCUACAAGGACUUCAGAACCAACUCUUUUCGAUCUUUAUGUUACUGGUCAUCUUUGCAUUCCUCAUUUAUCAGACGAUGCCUGGCUUCGUCGCGCAGAGAACACUCUACGAAGGUCGAGAGAGGUCAUCAAAGACAUAUGCCUGGUAUAACCUCAUUUUGGCCAACACCGUCAUCGAGAUGAUGUGGAACUCGGUGGCAUGCUUGGCUGUAUACCUUCCUUUUUACUUCCUUGUUGGCAUGCAUAAAAAUGGACGUGUCACCGGCACUGAGCAUGAGCGAGGUGCUCUGAUGUUUCUGCUCGUCUGGGCGUUCAUGAUAUAUGAGGGCACUUUUGCCCAUAUGUGCGUUGCAGGAGCGCCGACUGCCGAGGUUGGGGCAACCUUCUCGUUGCUUCUGUUCAUGGUGACACUUGUUUUUGCUGGAGUUCUUGUUCCAUACUCGGCCCUUCCAGGGUUCUGGACCUUCAUGUAUCGCGUCUCCCCUCUGACCUACCUCAUCGGUGGAAUGGUCUCCGAUGGUGUAGCAAAGCAACAGGUGCAGUGCUCCGAGAUUGAGUUUCUACAGUUCCAGACCCCUGCGAACCUCACUUGCGAGGAUUAUGUCGGAAAGUUUGUGGAGGCCGUGGGAGGUACUCUAAGCAACCCCGAGUCAAAUCAGACAUGUCUGUACUGUCCAGUUGCUUCAACAGAUACCUAUCUUGCGACUCUUAGUAUUCACUACAGCGAGAGGUGGAGAAACUUUGGGCUGAUGUGGGCCUUUAUUAUCUUUAAUAUCGCUGCUGCUCUUUUUGCCUACUGGCUUCUUCGGGUGCCAAAGAAAAACUCAAGAGUUUUAUUUUGGAAGAAGCAUAACUAG